AUGGACAUUAACAACGCGUUGGAAGUUACAGGCCGUAGGUCGGACGAACGUUUUAUCGGACUUCGAUCUGUCAUCGACGUGCUAGAUUUAGCCGUCGAUCGGAGGCUUCCGGCGCACAGACUUGAAAUACGGUUCGAGUCGUCUCCGGAGUUGGAUUUGGAUUCGCCCGUGCACUGCUGCAAGAUGGCCGUUUCGACGAUUCCAGCAACCACCGGGGAACCAAAUAGUCUUGGCCCGUGCACUAUCGACGCGUUGGACCUUGCCGUUGACGGACGAAGGAUAUCCGUGGUCGCCGGACUGCCGAGUUUUCGCCGGGAAACCUUCCGGUCGUGCCCGGAUAUGACAGUGGAAUCGCCUCUGUACGGCCAACCGAAGACGAUCGAACUCCUAGUCGGAAGUCCCGAAGUCUCACCCGAUGAACUCCCGCAGACACCUGAGCAGCCACGGCGGAAAUGCGCGUGGAAGAGUUCCAGGACCGGACUUCGAUCUGUUAUCGACGUGCUGGAUUUAGCCGUCGAUCGGAGGCUCCCAGCGCCACUACCCGCAUCACGUCAUGGAGGACUUGAAAUACGUUUCAGGUCGUCCCCGGAGUUGGAUUUUGAUUCGCCCGUGCACUGCUGCAAGAUGGCUAUUUCGACGAUUCCAGCAUCCACCGGGGAACCAAAUAGUCUUGGCCCGUGCACUAUCGACUCGUUGGACCUUGCCGUUGACGGACGAAGGUUAUCUGUGGCCGCCGGACUGCCGAGUUUGCGCCGGGGACCCUUCCGGUCGUGCCCGGAGAUGGCAGUGGAAUCGCCUCUGUACGGCCAACCGAAGACGAUCGAACUCCUCGUCGGAAGUCCCGAAGUCUCGCCCGAUGAACUCCCGCAGACACCUGCGCAGCCGCGGCGGCGAAGAUCCGCCUGGAAAAGGUCCAAGCGAUUCGUCGGCAGGUGUCUGGUGAACGCGGCUCGCAGAAUAUGUUUCUGUGCGAGCUUUGUCGACAUCGAAUGA